AACAGCCAGAGGAUCAGGAAAGGCCUCACUUGGGAGUAGUACUGGCUUUGCCUGAGCUCUGAAAGGAGCUAGAUGCUCCAAGAGUUAGAAGUAAGGAGGGAGAGAUUUUCAGGCUUGGACAAUAGUCUCUACAUGUGUGUGGAAGGAAGAGAUAGAAUGACACACAGAGGGAAGAGCAAAUGGGCCAGUUUAAUUGGAAUAUAGAAUCCCUGAGGGGGAUUAAUAUGAAAUCGACCUGGAAAAGGUAAACUGGAGCCAUGGGCCUUUCCACUGCUGUCUGGGCAAUCCCCAACUUCAGUUCUCAGGGUUCAAAGCAUUCCUUGACUUGAAGUCAUUUUUAAUAUCAAUGCCCUUCUCUCCCAAUUAUUCCUUCACUAAAAAAAAAUGAACGCUUACUAAAUAGAUAUAAUAUCACAAAAAACAUUGUAGAGAAUACCAAGAAGUACAAGACAUCGGCAGAGCACCAUAAUUCAGCAUUGUAGUCCUGUAUAGUUUACAAAGUGCUCUCUUCAUGUAUUGUCUCUUUUUCCCUCAAUCAACCCUGUGUAGUAGUCAUAGAGUAGAACAGGUACGAUUUUCUUGUCUUUAUAGAUGAGAAAUCAGGCUCAGAGAAAUUCAGUGUGAGCUCAGUAGAACUGAGUUCCAAUUCUGUCUUAGUCACAGUGGCACUAGGUAACACUAUGCAAAGUAACCUCAAUUUCCUUAGCUCUAAAAUGGGAAUGGUGACAGCCCCUACCUCGCAGGGUGUUUGCGAGGCUCAGAUGAGGUAUAUACAGCUCUUUGCAAACCUUAAAGCAAUAUACAAAUAUGAGCCGUAAUUAUUCUUAUUUCAUAGAAGAGUAAACGGAGACUUAGAGAGAUUAGGUGAUUUGCCCACAGUCACAGGAGCCAGGUUUCCGAACAAAACCUAGGUACUCCAAAGGCGCAUCUUUCAACUAUAUAUACACCAACCAACCCUGGUCUUUAAACCCUAGACCUCAGGGCACAUGUGUUCAGUGCUUGUGUCUUGCCUUAAGAUCUGGGGUUCAAGAAACAAGGCACUGCUUGACUCAGAAAGGUAGUCAGCUAAGCAAGCCACGCUCCCCUUUUCUCAAAGGCAACAUCCACAGAGUGGAGGACACUUUUCUAGGCACUGGAGGCUAACACCUUAUUCCAUCUCAUGUUUCUUUGCACGGGAGUUUGUUGUCUAAAGCCUAAGGUUUCUGCAAAGGAGCUGCGAAUUCUCAAGGAUAAGACAAUUCCCACCUGAGGUCAGCCAAGUGUGUGUGGCCCUAUCCCUCCUCCUGUAAUGGGCCCACCUGACGAUCCUUCCAGCAGGUGGCAUAGGAAAGCUAUGCUGUUCCCUGUGCAAGGGGAGAAACCUGACACUGACAGACUGCUCCCUGGGAGCAGCCACUUGUGGCUGGACAGGAAACCAGGAAAUGCACUCUCCUUUUAUGUGGAAAAACACCCUUGGGGACAGAGCACCAUGGGAAACCAGCUCUGCUGUGGGAGAAGCUGGGAGUCGAGCAAGAGGAAGAACAGAGAAGCAGCAACAGAAGAGUACGAAGGGCCCUGAGACAAUGGGACAUACCUAUGAGCUGGUGUCGGAGUUGCCCAGGUCUGGAAAGCGGAGUCGAGGCCAGCAGUCAGAGGACAGCAGCUUGCAUUAUGCAGACAUCCAAGUGUGCAGCCGGACCCAGCCAAGAUCUGCCCACGAGGUGAAGCACCUACAGAUAGAGAAUGCCACCGAGUAUGCAACCAUUAGAUUUUCCCAGGCCACACCCCACUAUGACAGCAAAAAUGGCACCCUUGUGUAAGCCUGGGGUAUGAAACACUGGAGCAGAGAACAUGGGGAAGUCCCUAUCCUAUAUCACCAGAGGACAAAAGUCCUACACUCCUACAAGAGAUAAUCUGAUGCUGUUGGGGACUAGGUGGCAGCCCCUGUUUCUUUGUCAGUUUCAAAGUGUCUCUGGGCUCCCUGGAGCUUUAAGACCUGACUUCCUUUCAGGGUCUGUCUAUAUGUUUUAAGAACAGAGCUAUGCUGGUAUCAGAAACCCAAAGUCGGAUGAAUUUCCACAAAGCUGGCAGGCCUAGGCUCAGUUUCCAAGAGUGAUAGGCUGGUCCCUUGCUCCCAGGAAAAAUACAAAAAAUGAUGGUAACUCUAUAAGCCACUGGACAAAAGCCUGAUUACCACCUGGGGGUAAUUUGAUCUAGGGGAAACCCCAGAAGCUAGAGAAACAAUUAACCCCUGAAGAUGCUGCUUCCUGGAGCUCAGGCUCUCCUUCCCACCACGGGAAAGCACAAUGUCCGUUCCCGUUCUGAGACUAGCAGCCCCCUGUCCAUCCAGUCAUGGAAAGCGGACACAGAAGCUCCUCCAUUGGACAAUAAUUCAUACUCAUACGAGGGGCGAUCCCAUGGUGGGAAAGGGAGCAUUUCUAAGGAGAAGAGGGAGGAGUGGGGACCAUGAAAGAGGCUGUGUAGAGAUGGGGUUCGUGCUAGGGAUUGGCUCGGGCUCUCCGAGAACCCCGAGGGCUGGCCCUGCCUGUAUGGAGAAAGGGGGGUCUGCGGGG